AUGAGUUCGGGCCGGAGCAGCCGGAAGAAGAAGGAUGCAGCAGUUGGUGCCAAUAAAAGACCGCCAGCAGCAGCGUCUCUUCCGCAAAGGCAAACGCAGAGGCGACGGCAAUCGGCUAAGGAAUCAGAAAUACAAGACAUAGAAGACUUGUUCUUCAGCGAAGAGGAGACCCAGAGAAUUAGGAAGGCUCUGCUGGAAUGGUACGGCCUCAAUCGCAGAGAGCUCCCUUGGAGAGAAGCAGAGGAGGACGUGGAGCGAAGAGCCUACAGAGUGUGGGUCUCGGAGGUGAUGCUGCAACAGACGAGGGUUCAGACUGUUGUUCAGUACUUUCAUCGUUGGAUGAGCAAAUGGCCCACCAUUCACCACCUCGCCCAGGCUUCUCUUGAGGAGGUGAAUGAAUUGUGGGCGGGUUUGGGCUACUACCGACGGGCGCGAUUUCUUUUGGAGGGAGCUAGGAUGAUUGUUGAAGAACAAGUUCAAUUUCCUAAAACAGUUUCUCAACUGCGAAAAGUUCGGGGAAUUGGAGACUAUACAGCUGGAGCAAUAGCCUCAAUCGCAUUUAAAGAGGUGGUUCCUGUGGUUGAUGGAAAUGUAGUAAGGGUGAUUGCUAGACUAAAGGCUGUUUCUGCCAAUCCAAAAGACUCUUCGACUGUCAAGAAAUUUUGGAAACUAGCAGCUCAGUUAGUUGACCCCUUCCAACCUGGGGACUUCAAUCAGGCUCUCAUGGAGCUUGGUGCAACUGUAUGUACCCCAUUGAGUCCAAGUUGUCAUUCAUGUCCUGUAUCAGUCCAAUGUUGUGCACUAUCAAUCUCUAGAGCUGAUAGUUCAGUGCUGGUUACAGAUUAUCCAGUUAAGGUCGUAAAGGCCAAACAGAGACAUGAUUUUUCUGCUGUAUGUGUUGUGCAAAUAUUAAGAGAUGAGGAACUGUCAGAGGGACACAGAACCAACAAUGGGUUUCUUCUUGUAAAACGGCCUGAUGAAGGGUUGCUUGCUGGCCUCUGGGAGUUCCCGUCUGUCUUGCUGGCUGGAGAAGCUGACUUGGUCACUAGGAGAAAGGCAAUUGACCAAUAUUUGAAUAAACAUUUUAGACUUAACCCCAGAAACACCUGUGACAUAGUUUCCAGGGAAUAUGUUGGAGAAAAUGUCCAUGUUUUCACUCACAUUCGUCUCAAGAUGUAUGUGGAAUUGUUGGUGUUACAUCUAAAAGGUGGGAUGAAGGACCUGGUUAGCAAGCAGGGCAAAGAAACUGUGCCCUGGAAAUGUGUGGACGCCGAGGUCCUUUCAAGCAUGGGAUUGACAUCUGGUGUAAGAAAGGUUUACACUAUGGUUCAAAAUUUAAGCGAGAAACGGUUGCCCUAUGAUCCUGCCUUGGAAAGCAUGAAAUGA